AUGGACGCUGAACCGCCGUCUUUCCAAAACUGUCCUCUAAGUCCAAUAUAUGCAGAAACAGAUGAGAACGGUCAAAUAAAACCGAUUCGUUAUGAAGAGCCAAAGGCUGAGGAUAACAGCGGAAGGGUUGCUUACAUGCGAGUAGAACCAUUUGGAUUCACAUCUGGUCGAAUGAUCACCUCGGAUAUCGAUGUUGUCUACACGGCGUUCGACGAUGCUGGUAACACAGCAGAGUGUGUGGUGAAACUACGGAUCCCUGACACCAUACCACCUGUGAUGAAAUGCCCGGAUUCUUACUCGUUGUCGGCCAUUGAACCGAAAAUGCGGGCUGUUUUCAACACGACUACCGUACCUAUGGUCAUCCAGGAUGUUUCCAACAUCACUGAAGUGAUAUUCAAUCCUCCUGAAGCAGUCCUAGAACCAGGCGAUUUUGUUGAAGUUGAAGUGACAGCCACCGAUGCGCUAGGAAAUCGAAAUCAGUGCAAAUUUCAAGUGGCUUAUAUGCCCCAGCAAUGUUCACCGGAAUCGCUGUUAUCCGCCAAGCACGUGGUGAAAAAGUGCGCGAAGAAAGAUAAUGUUAUGCAAUGCACCAUAUCUUGUGAAGAAGGAUACCGUUUUGUGGACGAAGACAAGGUAGCAAAGGAGUUCAAAUGUGAAUCAGGCGCUGGUUCCUUCUGGUCCUGUAAGAGUCUCGUGUGUCCCACUCGAGAACCAGCUCGCUACGAGCUAAAUGUUGCUAUCAGUUAUCCAAGCACGUCACCAGUCCCUGAACACUGCCUCAAGGGUUAUGCCGCUCUAGCCACCACCAUUUUCGAUCCUCUUGAUGAGGUACUCAGUCAGAGGUGUUCCAGCUCAGUACAGGUCUUCGUGAGAUUCCUGGACGCCGAGUUUGUCAAUGAAAAAGGCGUGGUCGUCUAUAAGUCAAGGAUUCGGUUGUGUCGACGGUGA